GCAUGGACAACUAAUCUAGUUGUAAGGACUAAGGAGCAAUAUUAGUCGAGCCUAGCCGAUGAUGUUAUAACUAGAGAGGCAAACAAUUUAAGAACUAGAGGUCAGAACUAAUUUGCUACUUUCCAAAACUAUGUCAACUGAAAGUAAGCAAGAGUAUGGAAACAUAUUUUUACAAAGAUGAGAAUACAGCUCCGAUAUGAUGAGUAAAAACGAUGUUAACAGAGGUAACAACUGGAUUAAGGCUCAUGCGGAUGAUGAUUCUGAUCAUAUUGUGGAGCUUGCUUCUGGGAAUGUGCAACUUAUUACUACCAAAGAAUCUUGGGACCAAAAGUUGGAUCAAGCGAGGAAGGAGAGUAAAAUUGUAAUUGCAAAUUUCAGUGCAACAUGGUGUGGUCCUUGUAAGGUGAUUGCACCACAUUAUUGCGAGUUGUCCGUGAAAUACCCGUCUAUCAUGUUCUUAUUAGUCGAUGUGGAUGAACUAGCUGACUUCAGCACUUCGUGGGACAUCAAAGCCACACCAACUUUCUUCUUUCUUAAAGAUGGAAAAGAAGUUGACAAACUUGUAGGAGCCAACAAGCCAGAGCUGGAGAAGAAGAUUGUUGUGGUUAAUGAUGUAGUGCCUCAUAAGCAAUAGUGAUUGUUGUGGUAUAUCUAUUCAUAGAAGCUUUGCUCUUCCCUUCUCUCUUCACAUGGUAGUGCGUAUUCUGCAUGUAUUCCCGUGACAUUGUCAUUGCAUUUCUUUUUAAAUGUAAAUAUGACGUAUCAAAUGAAUGUCUUGUACUUAAAAUUUCAACAUGAAUUGAUGUCGUUGGUACCUUUGAAAUAUAAUGAAUUGAUGUGCCUUAUGGUUAUUUGAGUCA